AGGUGGACAUUGUAAUCACCUCGUCAGGAUUUUUGCUGGAAUAACUGAAGACUUAACGUUUAUUUUAUCUAGAAGAGCGCAUUAAGUGUUGGCAACACAGACGAUGUAUUUUUCUCUGGAGAUAAUGGAGGAAGUUGAUCGAAUUAUGCGCCUCAUUUUGGGUUUUGUCGACCAGAACAUUCCCUACACGAAAGACAGAAGCACAGGGAGGCGGGGCUUCUUUACUGACGUCACAUACUCCUGCUUAUAUUGUUCAGGCGAGGAUGCCUUUACUACUGACAGCAUCCUGACGCCGGUUCUGCAGCUAUCACAAGAUCAGACAUGAUGUGCCAAACAAAGUUCUACCGUCUGCCGGUUCUAGUCGUGGUUUUGGUUCUGGUUUCAGGCCUCAGCAGCUCCCAGAACCUGGAGAGCAAGGUGAACUACAGCUGCUUCAGCUGCCCUUUUUCAGAGGCUGAAUCCAUCGAUAUGGUGUACGACCAGAACAGCGGAAGAGGAGACUUCUGGUACCGAAAUGGUUCAGCGUUGACUUCCUGCGACUUCUCGUCCAUUUACGAGUCAAAACGUAAAUGUUCUGUUUGCCUCAACAACUCUGAUGGAGCAGAAACCGUCGUCAUGGUUUUAUGCAACCUGACGAGUUCAGAGGAGCUGUUAUUCGAGGGUCAAUAUGGCGACAUCAGCUUCAACAAGACCGACUGCCCUCAACCAGAACCCAUUGACACUGAACUAAACAAUGAUGGAGGAGGCAGAGGUCAUGUCAUUUUUCUGGGCUGCUUCAUCGCUGCUGUCAUCAUCAUCAUCAUCUUCAUCAUCAUGUGGAACUGUCAUAAAUCCCAGGAGGUUCUUCAGGUUUCAGUUGAUGGAUCCAGCUGCGUCUCAUUUGAUUCAGGAAACGGUUCUGCACUGAUCAAUACGCCUGGAAACGGAUCUGUUGUUUAAAUCACCACUUCCUAUCCAAAACGCCAGACGAGCUGCUGGAUGUCUGGUGACCUUUGACCUCCUGACAUCACAUCCAGCCUGAAUUAUUUCUUACCUUCUGCUGCCAUUUUGAACUUUUCUGGAGUUUUUAUCAAACUAUAAAUACUUUGCACACUAUUUCUAUAUUUAGUUGAAGCUACAGAGAUUGGAGAGUUGAACAGUAAGCAGUGAAGUGUCUUUUCCUCCGUUGCAGCAUUAUGCAGGUCUGAACCGGAUCAAUGGACCUUCUAGUUCCUUCAGCUUUAAUAUUUAUUAUCUUGAUCAGUUUUAAUCUGAUGAUGCACUGAAACAAAAAGCUGAAUAAAUAGGAAACUGGAAUGAAGCAGGUUUUCAAAACCAUGCAGUCUGAUGUGAACUGAAAACAGAGAUAUAUGAUGUGCAAUGUCUUUUAUAAUAAAAUAUAAUGUUUAGAGAUAUUUUUAAGAUUUUAGCAUGUUUUUCUAUUCCACUUUGUACUUUUCUAUCUAUAUUUUUACUUUUAUUCAGGGAAUUCAAUGGGCCUUUGCUUUCACUGUAUUAUAUAUUUUGAUGAAGGAACUAUUAAAUAUUUAAAACCUCAAAC